AUGAAGCCUCGAUCUCAUUUGUUCCGUCCAAUUUCCAAACAGCUCCAUUUCCGCCGCAUCCUCCAACCCCAAACCGACCCCUCCCUCGGCGACUGCUCCUACCUCAACACCUGCCACCGCAUGGACGUGUGCAAGUACAUCCACUACGAGCUGGAUGAGGUUGGGGGCGUGAUUGAUAUUCAGCGGGCUAUUCCGGUUUCGAGGGUGGGCAAUCCGCAUCCCGCACAGUGGAUUCGAUGCGAUGUGCGCACGUUCGAUUUCAGCGUUGCUGGGAAGUUUUCUGUUAUCAUGGCAGACCCACCAUGGGACAUCCACAUGAACCUCCCCUACGGCACCAUGACCGACGACGAGAUGCGCGCGAUGCCCAUCAGCGCGUUGCAGGAUGACGGCUUCAUCUUUUUGUGGGUAACUGGGCGCGCGAUGGAGUUGGGGAGGGAGUGUUUGCGGAUCUGGGGAUACCAGCGAAUCGACGAACUGAUCUGGGUCAAAAUCAUGCAACUCCAAAAACUCAUCCGAACCGGUCGAACCGGGCACUGGCUCAACCACAGCAAAGAACACUGCCUAGUCGGCAUCAAAGGCCGCCCGCGGUACCACAAUGUCGGGAUCGAUACGGAUGUAUUGGUUGCGGAGGUGCGCGAGACGAGCAGGAAGCCGGAUGAGGUUUAUGGGAUCAUUGACCGGCUUUGUCCGGGGUCGAGAAAGAUUGAAAUAUUCGGACGAAUGCACAACACGCGCGACGGCUGGCUCACACUCGGUAACCAGCUGGACGGGGUGCGGAUUUCGGAGGAGGAUAUGCUUGAGCGGGUGAGCGGGUUGUCCCACCCUCUGCUUCCUCCAUACGUCUCUGCUUUCCAUUUGGGCUCUUGCUUCACUUCAUCGCUCAACAGCUGA